AUGCCCAAGUGCGACUACUGCGAUGUCUACCUCACGCACGACUCCAUGAGCGUGCGCAAGGCCCACAACAGCGGCCGCAACCAUCUCCGAAACGUCGUCGACUACUACCAACAGAUCGGCCAUGAAAAAGCCCAGUCUGUGAUCGACUCCAUCACCUCUUCCUACGCCGCUGAGGGCCAGGCCCACGCCAACCCCAUGCUUCCCCAGAAUCAGCCUGGCUAUGCAGCUGCUCAGGCCCGAUUUGGUGGUGGCGGUGGCUUCGGUGGCCGUCCGCCUUUUAUGCACAACGCUGCUGGCUUCGGUGGUGGUGCCCCUAACAGAGGCCCGCCAGGUGCCCCCGGUGCUGCCGCCUCAGGUCCGGUCCAUCUCGGCUCCGGCUCCGGCGCCCUGCCUGGCUUUGCUGGUGCCGGUGUGCCACCACCUCCGCUGCCCUUUAACUUUCCCGGUGGAAUUCCUCCUCCUUUGCUGCCUGGCUUCCCUGGCAGCGCCGGACUGCCUCCCCCGCCUGGUGGCGCCUUCAUGGUCCCCGGAUCGGCUCGCGGCCUCCCCAUUCCUCCUCCUCUGUUCCCCGGUGGCCCCAAUGGAGCUCCUGGUGCUUCACCCGUCCAGGGCAUGCCACCUUUCCCCUUUCCGCCUCCCAUCCCCGGCCAGGGCUCGUCUUCUGCUGCUGGCCCCGGAGGCAUGCCGCUGCCUGGCUUUCCAGGCUUCCCCGGCAUGCCGCCUACUGGUCCCGGCGGACAGCAGGGCUUUCCUCCCUUCCCGCCACCAUUCAUGGUUCCGGGUGGCCCCGGCAUGCCGCCGUCUCUGCAGAGCGGAGAAAAUCGGUGA